CAUGACCAAUCAAUCUCCAUCUUCAUCUCCGUAUCCACUGAUAAGCUUCUCUCCCCUUCUCUCUCUCCCCCCAAAACCCUAACUCUACUCCCCACCAUUUCCUCUGCUCCAUGGUAUCUCUUCUCUCCCAACCCCCUUCCAUUCACCCUCUCUUCUUCAUUCCAACCCACCACCGCUACCACCAUCAUAGCCACCGUAACCACACCCAUAAUCACCGCUACCCACUUCCUCUCUUCAAUCGACGCCGCUCCCGCCUCUCCAUAGUGUCAAUUGCUAACAAUUCCAUCCCACCCACCAGCCAAAACAAGCAGCCGAGAACUGUCUACCCUGGUGGAUACAAGCGGCCGGAGAUCAGAGUACCGAGCCUCGUGCUUCUAUUGAGCCUGGAUGAGGUGCUGGACCGCGCUGGUGUGUUGGAUGUGGUGGACGAGGCGGUUUCCAAGUGGGUUGGGGUUGUGGUGCUGGAUGGUGGUGACGGGAGUGGUGGGAGGUUGUACGAGGCGGCGUGUUUGUUGAAGUCGGUGGUUCGGGAACGGGCGUAUUUGAUGGUUGCCGAGCGGGUUGAUAUUGCGGCCGCUGUUAAUGCUAACGGGGUUGUGCUCUCUGAUAAAGGUCUUCCUGCCAUUGUGGCACGGAACACAAUGAUGGAUUCUAGAUCUGAAUCAGUAAUUCUCCCUUUGGUAGCAAGGAAUGUGCAGACUGCAAAUGCUGCUUUCACUGCGUCCAAUUCUGAAGGUGCAGAUUUUCUAUUAUAUGGUGCUGUUGAGGAGAAACAAUCAGAGGUGCUUGCAACCUCUGUAUUUGAGAAUGUGAAGAUACCAAUUUUUGCUGUGGUCCCUUCGCGUGCAAAGGAUACAUCACUUUUUGAGGCAUCAGAACUGCUCAAAGCAGGUGCUAGUGGCUUAGUUGUUUCAUUGGAAGAUUUGAGGUUGUUCAGUGAUGAUGUCCUGAGAAAAUUGUUUGAAACUGUACAUGCAAUGAAUAAAAGAACAGAGGAUGAACUUCAGAACUUAAAUAAGCUCAAAAGUUUGGAUGUCAAUAGUGGUGUCCCUGGGAAAAGGAGGGUGGCUGGCUUUAUUAAAUUGGAGGAUAGAGAAAAAGAGGUCAUAGAAACAGAGAAAUUGGUAUUGCUUGAAGCAAUAAACAUUAUCCAGAAAGCUGCACCACUGAUGGAGGAGGUUUCACUUCUUAUUGAUGCAGUUUCUCAACUUGAUGAGCCAUUUUUACUGGCUAUAGUGGGUGAAUUUAACUCUGGCAAGUCAACUGUCAUUAAUGCACUCCUUGGAAGAAGAUACCUGAAAGAGGGUGUUGUUCCGACAACUAAUGAGAUCACAUUCUUACGCUAUUCUGAGUUAGAUUCUGAUGGGCAACAACGUUGUGAAAGACAUCCAGAUGGGCAAUAUAUCUGCUAUCUUCCUGCUCCAAUUCUUAAAGAGAUGAAUAUUGUUGAUACACCUGGAACUAAUGUGAUUCUCCAAAGACAACAACGCCUUACUGAGGAAUUUGUGCCCCGAGCAGAUUUGCUUCUUUUUGUUAUUUCUGCUGAUCGUCCAUUAACUGAAAGCGAGGUUGCUUUUCUUCGUUACACUCAGCAGUGGAGGAAGAAAAUCGUUUUUGUGCUGAAUAAAGCUGAUCUCUAUCAGAAUGCCAGUGAGCUUGAGGAAGCUGUUUCAUUCAUCAAGAAGAAUGUGCAGAAGUUGCUGAAUGUUAAGCAUGUCAUAUUGUAUCCUGUAUCUGCAAGGUUGGCACUUGAAGCAAAACUUUCAGCUUCUGGGAUUGGAAAAGAUUAUGAACCAUCAGUAGCUGAUUCUUCUCAUUGGAGAGCUACUAGCUUCUCUGAAUUUGAAAAUUUUUUGUAUAGUUUUUUGGAUGGGUCAACAAGUACAGGAAUGGAAAGAAUGAAGCUUAAGCUUGAAACACCUAUUGGAAUUGCAGAACGAUUAUUUUCUUCUUGUGAAACACUUGUGAGACAAGACUAUCAAUAUGCCAAACAGGAUUUAGCAUCCAUAAAUGAAAUGGUUAGUAGUGUAAAGGAGUAUGCAGUGAAGAUGGAAAGUGAGAACAUUUCUUGGAGAAGGCAAACCCUGUCAUUGAUUGAUACCACAAAAGCACGUAUUGUGAAGCUUAUAGACUCUACUCUGCAAUUAUCAAAUCUUGACCUUGUUGGUUCCUAUGUUCUAAAAGGGGCAAAAUCUGCUACACUGCCAGCUACCUCAAGUGUUCAAAAUGAUAUAAUUGGUCCAGCACACGCUGAUGCACGGAAACUACUUGGAGAAUAUGUGACGUGGCUACAGUCAAACAAUGCUCAUGAAGGGAGGCUUUACAAGGAAUCCUUUGAAAGAAAAUGGCCUUUAUUUGUCUAUCCACACAACCAAGUGGGUUUGGAGACCUAUGAGUUGUUGAGGAAAGGAGAUGAACUUAGCUUAAAAGCGCUAGAGAACUUCAGUGCUGGUGCUGCUUCCAGACUGUUUGAUCAAGAAAUCCGUGAAGUGUUUUUGGGAGUUUUUGGAGGACUAGGAGCAGCUGGUUUUUCUGCUUCACUUCUAACGUCUGUGCUGCCAACCACUUUAGAAGAUCUUCUUGCACUUGGCCUUUGCUCUGCUGGCGGUUGGUUAGCAAUUUCAAACUUCCCUGCCCGUAGGAAAGGGAUGAUAGAAAAGGUGACUAGGGCUGCUGAUGCCUUUGCACGUGAACUUGAAGAGGCCAUGCAGAAGGAUCUCUUGGAAACUGUUGAGAAUCUGGAAAACUUUGUAAAACUCAUUGCCAAGCCUUAUCAAGAUGAAGCGCAAAACAGACUGGAUAAACUAUUGGAGAUCCAAGAUGAAUUAUCAAAUGUUGAGAAAAAACUUCGAACACUACAAAUUCAAAUCCAAAAUCUUCAUGUAUCAUGAAAUAAGUGUACAUUCUAUUGCCAACUGGGGUGUUGAGCUUUCAGAUGGGUUUCAAAGGGAGAUGGAUAUGUUGUAACGGCAUUAUACUACCUUUUUCUCUGUAACAUAUUUCCUAUUUAUGAAAACAAGCUUCAAUUGCUUAUUUAA